UCUAGCUCGCUCGAAGAAACCCCAGAAGAAACCCACCGAGGAACCCCAGAAGAAACCCACGAAAGUUCUCUCUCAGAGAACCCAGAUUCCUGCAAAUCUUUGAACCCAGAUUCUCUCUCUCUCUAGCUCGCUCGAAGGAACCCCAGAAGAAACCCACGAAAGUUCUCUCUCAGAGAACCCAGAUUCUUGCAAAUCUUUGCACCCAGAUUGUCUCUCUCUCUAGCUCGCUCGAAGGAACCUCAGAGAAAAACCCACCAUCUCUCUCGCUCCGAGAAACCCCAGAAGAAACCCACGAAAGUUCUCUCUCAGAGAACCACAAUUUCCUGCAAAUCUUUGCACCCGUGCGGCUCUCUCUCUUUCUCUCUCUCUCUCUCUCUCUGAGUGAAAGUAAUUUUGCGAAAACACAUCGUUAAUGGGUAAGCGUCGGCGAACAGAAAUCGCCAAGAUCGCCGAUCCGGCCAAGCGGCUCGUGACGUACUCGAAAAGGCGCAAGGGCCUCUUCAAGAAGGCCUCUGAUCUCUGCACGCUCUGCGGCGCUCGUGUUGCCGUCGUUGUCUUCUCCCCGGCCGGCAAGCUCUGUUCCUUCGGCGACCCCUCCGCUGAGGAGGUAAUAUCGGAGUACAUUUGUGGCGGUAGCGGCGUGGCGCCGCCGAUGGGUCUGGCCGAGUGGCUGGAGUGGAUUGAGAAAGAGUGGGAAUCUAGCGUGACCGAGGAGGAGAUGGAGUCCCUGAUCGCGAAGUAUGAGGCAGCUCGUGAUCUUGUGCGCAAAAGGUUGGAAGAUCUGGUGAAGAAUUCAUCUGUAAACAUUGGUGCCGGUGCCGAUUCUGGAACAGGGGUUGGUUGUAAUUCCGAAAAUUUGAGCGAUCAAGAGAUAGAUUUGGUUUUGGAGGGUUUUAAAGCUCGUUGCCCGGCUCUCUUUGAGGACUGCCUCUGCGAUGGUGAUGGCCACGCUUUCUGGACUUCACCGGAGAAGUCAGCCGCAGCCGGCGGAAAUUUGGGAGUGGACUUCGCCCCCACGCGCUCUGAUCUUGAGGGGUGCGGAUUUAAUCCCGACAACUUUCUUAAUCUGUUUGGGGACUGCGUUGGUGACGGUGACCACAACAAUACGUUGACUUUGCCGGAAAACUCGGCCAUCUCGGGAGACGAGUCAAUGGUCUGCGAACUUGAGGAAUGCACAUUUGAUCCUGACGAAUUUCUUAGUCUAUUCAAGAACUGUGGCGGUGACAGUGGCAGUGACUGUUUCUUGACUUUGCCGGAAAACUCGGCCAACGGUGGUGGAAGCUCAGUAGAGGAGUUCAUGCUCUGCGACCUUCAUGAAUGUGGGUUUAAUCCUGAUGAAUUUCUUUGCCUCGAAGAGGACUUCGUCGGUGAGGCUAACCGUGACAAUUUCUCGACUUUGCCCGAAAACUGGGCCAUCAGCGGGGAAAUCUUGAGGGCUGGAAAUGAUGCCGACCAUAUUCUUACACUUGAAGAUCUAGAUGUUCAUCUAUCAGCUAUGAUGCAAAUGUGAAUAUAUGUGGUUUCUCUUGUAAAACUGCAUUAUACAUAAUACAAUCUCUUUUUCCAGUUCACUGGUUUAAUGGCAUUGGCUCUCUCUAUUUCUUUCUUUUUCAAUUCCUUGAUCGAUGGAAUUCAGAAUCGUCCUCGAAGCUCAGUAGUACAAUGUUGUAUCCAAUUUCAUUAUGUUCAUGUUAAUAAAACCAUGGCUCUGUUGAAUCUUUGUGGCGA